GCUUGUGACGCUUGUCGGAAGCGUAAGACCAAGUGUGAUGGCACGCGACCGACCUGCCAACCAUGUUCUAUACGAGAUGUCGUGUGCGUAUAUGCCGCCGAGCCAGACGCGCCGCCCAUUAUCGCGCUUAAGCGCAAAUAUGAAGCUGCUUCCGUCGAGAAUCGACCAAAUGUGAUCUCAAAACAGCCAAAUCAAGAGUUGUUCGAAUAUCUGAGGUCUUCGGACGCAUGUCAUGCCAAUAACGUCUUCCAACGCAUCCGUUCAGGCCAUGAUCUCGAAAACAUCUUGAGCUUCAUCGAGUCGGGAGAUCUCAGGAAGCAACUCGAUCUCCAACCAGAAACGCGAUUUCGAUAUGAACUCCCUUAUGUCAAGCAUAUGCCUCCCGAACUGGUAAUCAACAAUCAAUAUCUUGACACUCUGCUUCACGAUACGGCUUCCUUGAGGCUGACAGAUUCUGAGUCUCGGGAGGCCCGGCCGAGCAUGUCCCUGCCACAAAUCGUAUAUCUUCGUCCAUUUCAUGCUGCGCACGUCAUUGAUCCUCUCAUUGAGAGUGCGAAGCCUAGUCUGUGGACAUCAGUGUGUCAAGAUGAUGACAUCAUGCGGAGGCUCCUCCGGAACCACUUUCUCUGCGAGUUUAAUUUCAUGUCAGCAUUGCAAAAAGAUCUUUUCCUAGAGAAUAUGAACGGUCAGCACGGCGAGUUCUGUUCUUCUCUUCUUGUUAACGCUGUCUUGGCUUAUGCCUGUGUUUGUGAUUUAAACAUCCCGAAUCGUGCUGAGUAUUGGAAUUCCACAUCGCUCACGUACAAGUUUUUAGUAGAAGCAAAACGCUUGUGGGAGAUCGAAGCUCUAACACCUCGAAUCAGCACGGUUCAAGCCGGUAUCAUUCUCAAUGGUAUUUCUAACUUGAGCGGCCUUGAUCAAAUCGGCCAAACAUAUCUCAAGCAGACUAUUGCGCUAGCAAACCGUUUAGGCCUCUUUCUUGACAGACCAAUCAAGACUUCGAGUGAAAAAUCUAGACAAUGCAUGAUUUACACUGCGUGGGCGUUGUUCUGUUGGGAUGCUCUUGUCGCAUUCUCAAUUCAGCAACCACCACUACUCCCGGGACCACCGCAGGAGCCCCUCCCGUCUUCUUCGGUGAAUCCUGCAUGGUAUGGACUCUUCUGGCUGGAGUAUCCAGGACUUGACCACCCUGUCGAUGCACAUUUUGCUAGCCUCUUCGAGCAUCGGGCGCGCUUUAGGGUUGUCCUAGCUCGAUAUUGUCAUGCGGUGUUUCAACGCCAUAGAAGUCCAGCAUGGUUGGCAAGAAACGCAUACCUAUUCCGGACACAACUGGUCAAGUGGUUUGGUGAUCUACCUGCUUGUCUACAAUCAGGAAAUAUCGUGCUUCCAGCACAACUUCAACUUCACAUGUAUUAUCACCAGUUAAUGAUCACUAUCUUCGAACCUCUUGUAAACAUACAGACACAUCAACUUCCUCGGGACAUUGUCCAUGAAUCAGAAAAAUGCUUUGCGACUCUCUUCCGACUCUAUUAUAUCCGCCAUGGACAUCAAAACAUGGAUAUACACAUCAUCAUAUCCUCGAUUUUCGCAGGAACCAGAUGUAUCGACAACCUUCGGAAGCCCCUGCCGAAUUCAGACAUCGAAAGCUUGCGACAAACUUUAGUCAUGUGCGCCACCGGUAUAUACAAGCAAAGGUGCAACAACUUCCUUGCGCAAGCUCUGUACUCUACAUUCUUGUCAAGUAUGCAUUCGCCGGAGAUUAUGUUGCUUGAACAAGUCUCGGACGUCAAGAAUGACGAAGAAGCCUUGUUGACUAGACAAGCGACGCUAUCAAACUGGAUCCCGAUUGUUGUGGAUUGUGGAGACGAUCUAGAUCCAAGCUCUUUUCCUGGAUGCUAA